GAGACCGGCCGACAAGACAAACCUCCACGCUUGUUGGACAUACUUUAACUGGACAAUCUCAAAUUAGCAAAUUACAGCCAUAAAUGUGUAUUUAGUCUUGAUUAUCUUUUUAUUUCUUUAGAUAGUAGAGCCGUUCUUGUGACCUUUGGCAACGCGAUGGAGCUUGAACAUUUCGACGAGCGGGAUAAGGCGCGGCGGCACAGCCGAGGGGACAGGCUGAACGGGGUGACUAGUCCAGCACACAGCGCCCACUGCAGUCUCUACCACACCCGUACCCUCAAGACCCUCAGCUCGGAGAAGAAGGCAAAGAAGGUCCGUUUCUACCGCAACGGGGACCGUUACUUUAACGGGAUUGUGUACGCCAUCUCCGCGGACCGGUUCCGGUCUUUUGAUGCUCUGUUGGCGGACCUGACCCGCUCCCUCUCUGAUAAUGUGAACCUACCACAGGGUGUACGGACCAUCUACUCAGUGGAUGGAACCAAAAAGAUCACCAGCACUGAUCAACUGGUGGAGGGCGAGAGCUACGUGUGCGGCUCCAUCGAGGUCUUCAAGAAGCUCGACUACACUAAGAACGUCAACCCCAACUGGUCUGUGAACGUCAAAGCUUCGUCUGGGGCGGCCGCCCGCGGGCCUCCAUCCCUGGGCAGCUCCAAGGCCGGACCUCCAGACACCCGGGACCAAGCGGUGAAGGAUUUCAUCCGUCCCAAGCUGGUGACGGUGGUGCGGAGCGGGGUGAAGCCCAGGAAGGCUGUACGAAUCCUUCUCAAUAAGAAGACGGCCCAUUCAUACGAACAGGUCCUGACCGACAUCACGGAGGCCAUCAAACUGGACUCUGGGGUGGUGAAGAGGAUCUAUACUCUGGAGGGGAAACAGGUGACAUGUCUCCAGGACUUCUUCGGGGACGAGGACAUCUUCGUGGCGUGUGGACCGGAGAAAUACCGUUACCAAGACGACUUCCAGCUGGAGGAGAAUGAGUGUCGUGUGAUGAAGUCAAUGGCCUAUGGUAAAAUGUCCGCUCCUCUGACCAACCGUGGUUCUCCUCGCUCCGUGGGCCUGUCUAAACGCAGAAUGUCCCCCGCAGGCUCAGUGAACGGGAAUCCGACCAGUCAGCUGUCCACUCCUGGCUCGGGGAAAUCUCCAAGCCCCUCCCCUUCCGGCCCUGCUUCAGACCUCAGACCACGCAGGGAGUCUCAGGGUUCAUCUAUCUCUCUGGCCUCUACCAAAGUCUGUAGCUCCAUAGAAGAAGGGGAUGGAGCUGAGUCUAUAGUAGAGGAUGAUAUCCCUGCGGUGCCUGCCUCCAUAUCGGAGCGCUACAGAGUGGGACGUAUGUUGGGAGACGGUAACUUUGCGGUGGUCCGGGAAUGUGUGGAACACUCCACAGGCAGAGAAUACGCCCUGAAAAUCAUUAACAAGGGCCGAUGCCGGGGAAGGGAAGUGAGGCCCCUCUUCCUCCUCCUCCUCCUCCUGCUCAUCCUCCUCUCUCCUCUCUCCUCCUCCUCCCCUCUUCCUCCUCCUCCUCCCCACCAUCAGGAGCAUAUGAUCCAGAACGAGGUAGCCAUCCUGAGGAGGGUGAAACACCCCAACAUUGUCCUGCUGAUCGAGGAGAUGGACACCUACAGUGAGCUCUACCUGGUUAUGGAGCUGGUGAAGGGGGGCGAUCUGUUCGAUGCCAUCACGUCCACUAACAGAUACACAGAGAGGGACGCCAGCGGGAUGCUGUACAACCUGGCCAACGCCAUCAAAUACCUCCACAGCCUCAACAUCGUACACAGAGACAUCAAACCAGAAAACCUACUGGUGUAUGAGCAUGUUGAUGGCAGUAAGAGUCUGAAGUUGGGGGACUUUGGUCUGGCCACCGUAGUAGAUGGACCCCUCUACACCGUCUGUGGAACACCCACAUAUGUAGCACCAGAGAUCAUCGCAGAGACAGGGUAUGGCAUUAAGGUAGAUAUCUGGGCAGCAGGAGUUAUAAACUACAUCUUGCUGUGUGGCUUCCCUCCCUUCCGAGGGAGCAGUGAUGACCAGGAAGUGUUAUUUGACCAGAUCCUGAUGGGACAGCUGGAGUUCCCUCUCCCCUACUGGGACAAUGUGUCGGAGACUGCCAAGGAUCUGAUCAGGUCCAUGCUGGAGGUGGAGGUGGAUCAGAGAUACACAGCAGAACAGGUUCUGGACCACCCAUGGAUCCAUGAUGAUGGUGUGUCGGAGAAUGAACAGGAGCUGUCAGUAGCAGGGAAGAUAAAUAAACACUUCAACACCAGCCCUAUAUCUAACGCCACCACCGCCGGAGUGUCAGUCAUCACGUUGGACCACAGCUUCUCCAUGCAGCGCUCUGGGUCGUUGGACUUCCACCAGCACCCGGCCAUGUACUGGAUAAGGCCACCGCUCUUGAUAAGGAGGGGCAGGUUCUCAGACGAAGAUGCAACCAGGAUGUGAGCUCACGGCCGUUGCCGUUGACAACAACUACAACAACAACAACAACAACAACAAAAACAAUGGAAAAACCGGCUAGCU